CUUAGAAGGAAUCUGUGGAAUUGAGUGGGAGUGAUGCGAGAAUCGGUUUACAAGCUUUAGAGCAAAAAUUUUAGAAAACAUUAACGAAUAUCUUCAUUAAAUUUGAAUAUUAAGCUAACGGUUUAGGUAUUCCUUCUGUAAUUCAAAGGUCAAGUUCAACUCAUAUUAGCCAUGUAACAGAAUUAUGUCUAAAAUUUGGACAACUCCAAGCCAGUGUCUUUAGUGUGGUGACGUCUCCAGUAGAUCUGUCAGUGCCUCAAAUUUUCGUUCAGCUCGUUUGCAAACAUGAAAGGAAACAUUGAAGAAGCUCAGUUACAUGAAAUGUGGAACAUUUGUGAACUUCAUAUUUAGAAAAGGAGGUUUUAAGUUAUUUCGUUGAGUAGUCGUAAUGAAGACUGUAGAACAAGGUUAGUGCAUGUUUUUUACUUUGUGACAAUAGACCUAAGCUUGGCUAAACCAAUUAUUGCUUUUCCACUGGCAGCCUUGUGAACAGGAGAGUGGAACAAAGACAAGAGCACAGUAUUACUCACACAGAAAUUACUCAAAGGAGAAUAUUACAAGAUAUAGGACCAGAAAUGCAGCAUUAUAAGAAUACCGAUGGAACAGGAUCUGUUAACGAAAGUGCUUAUCAUCACAGUAAUGGACAUUCAGAACAUUCUCCAAAUUCCAGUCAUAUGUCUGUGCACAGUGACGAGCCAUUAGUGAGAACACAUAAACAACAGACUACGCAACAAGUGACGACAGUAACUAAAGUUGUGCGGGAGGUUCAGCAAUUAGGUGAUCAGCCUACCGAGUAUAUAUCAGUACCACUAGGGUCUUAUUCUCACGCACAACAUACGAGACCGUCGUUUGUUGAUUAUAUGGAUCAACCCUCGCAUCAUAUGUAUUCCCAAUAUCAUCCUCAUCCUCACUAUUCCGACUAUGAACAUUAUCCACCAAAUCCUUACGGGGCUUACAUGACGUAUCCAGUUGGCGGUGAACGUCCUCCAACGCCUCCUAGUCCAAGCGAGCAUAGUGGUGCACCUUCACCCUUACCCUUAACUGCGCAACAACCUAACCCCUAUCUUUCAUCAGGCUACGAUGAACUCCCUGAGCACUAUAGAGUCACUCCCUCUCCUGGAGGUCCAAUGGGUUUAGAGGCCUAUCCCGACGAUCAACCAAUUGUAUAUGGUUACGUUUCACCUUCCCCAUAUGGAACCACAACUUCACAUACUGGACCCACAUAUGACACACGUCCUUAUGAAGAAAGUCUCAAUGGACCUGUACCUGUCGGUUCUGCUCCAAUGAGGAUAUUCGAAGACGACGAGCUACAAAAACAUAUUAGCAAAAUGUCCAUACAUGGACAUAACAUCGGAUUGCCACAUAGUAGAGUACAUAACAUUGCUUCACCUGGAAGUAUUGGAGGUGACGAUGACCAAAGAGGAAUGCGGUGGAGAGAUCCAAAUUUGACUGAAGUUAUAGGUUUCUUGAAUAACCCCAAUAAUGUUAUCAAAGCUAACGCAGCGGCCUAUCUACAGCACUUAUGUUAUAUGGACGACCCCAACAAGCAAAAAACAAGAGCACUUGGGGGUAUUCCACCGUUAGUCAAGUUGCUCAAUCACGAAUGUCACGAAGUCUAUCGAAACGCUUGUGGGGCACUCAGAAAUUUAUCAUACGGAAGACAGAAUGAUGAGAAUAAGAGGGCAAUUAAGAACGCAGGUGGUAUACCCGCUCUCAUCACUUUACUAAGAAGGUCUAUCGAAGCUGAAAUCAAAGAAUUGGUCACUGGGGUUAUUUGGAACAUGUCUUCAUGUGAAGAUCUCAAAAGGAACAUCAUUGACGAUGGUGUCACUACUGUUGUAUCAUAUAUUAUAAUACCUCAUUCAGGUUGGGAUCCUCAAGGGAACCAUAGUGAAACAUGUUGGUCCACUGUCUUCAGAAAUGCAUCAGGUGUUCUAAGGAAUGUGAGCUCAGCUGGAGAAUAUGCUAGAAAAAAACUAAGGGAAUGUGAAGGAUUGGUGGAUGCGUUAUUGUUUGUUGUACGUUGUGCCAUAGAUAAAUCCAACAUAGGAAAUAAAAUUGUAGAAAAUUGCGUUUGUAUACUUCGCAACUUAUCAUAUAGGUGUCAGGAAGUUGAAGAUCCAAAUUACGAUAAGAAUCCUCUUCCAGUACAGACACGGGUCACUGCUAGUAACUCCAAAGGAGAGAAUUUGGGCUGUUUCGGUGGUAGUAAAAAAAAAAAGGAUUCUCAUUCUGAUGUCAAAGAAAGUACAUCAGGCGCGUCAAAUAUUGGAGGUCUUAUGAGCACAGCACCGAGAGGUGAACCAGUACGAGGAAUGGAACUCUUAUGGCAGCCAGAAGUUGUCCAGUCAUAUUUAGCUUUACUUCAAAGUUGUUCCAACCCAGAGACUCUAGAAGCAGCGGCUGGAGCCCUUCAAAAUUUGGCUGCUUGCUACUGGCAACCAAGUAUAGAAAUUAGGGCAGCUGUUAGAAAAGAAAAAGGAUUGCCAAUAUUGGUGGAGCUACUAAGAAUGGAAGUAGACAGGGUGGUAUGUGCAGUGGCUACGGCAUUGAGAAACUUAGCCAUAGACCAGCGUAAUAAAGAAUUAAUAGGUAAGUAUGCAAUGAGGGACUUGGUGCAAAAGCUUCCGUCUGGAAAUGCUCAACACGAUCAAGGUACAUCAGACGAUACCAUAGCAGCUGUAUUGGCAACACUGAACGAGGUGAUUAAGAAGAACGCGGAAUUUUCGAGAUCACUUUUAGAAACUACAGGAGUUGAAAGACUGAUGACUAUAACUAGACAAAGGCAGAAAUACACUCCACGAGUGCUCAAGUUUGCCAGUCAGGUUUUGUUUACAAUGUGGCAGCAUCAAGAACUGAGGGAUGUUUAUAAGAAACACGGCUGGAAGGAACAAGACUUUGUCACGAAAACGGUUGCAGCUAGAAAUGCUGGUCCCAAUUCACCCAACAAUGCCAACAGCACCCUCAAUCGGCCUAUGGCAUCUCAGAGCGGCACACGUUAUGAAGAUAGAACUAUCAAACGGCAACCGCCUGGUGGAAGAGGGAUUGCUCCAGUUCAUCCAAGAAACGAAGACAUACCACUAGCGGACAUGGCAUAUCCAGAGGCGCAGCCAACAAUGGGGCGAACCUACGCAGGCACUGGCCCCCCACCUCCUCCCGAGCCAGUCUACGCCCAAGUGAACUUGGAGAAGAAGCGUAAUCGGCAGGCCGCCCCAAACCACCUUGACGAGGCAACUGUGCCACUGCCUGGAAUUCCUCCGGCUGGCAAAGAUUCCUGGGUUUAGCACGGUCUAAACUCGUUGCCAUAUUUGGCUCAAUCCCCAGGUCCAACAGCCUGAUUGUGAGACAGCAAUUGUGACUUUCUCAACCUCUUUGUUUGAUUUGUGCCCUCAAACAAAAACACCUUGGUAACACGGUUAAUGAGAUCUCCUAAAAAAAAGAAUGAGGGAUACAUACAAAUUGUUUCUCCAGAAAAUUGAAUUUGACGUUUAUGCAAAUUCCCGGAUAGUUUUCCUUGUACAGGUUACCCUAAGAAAAACGCAGUACUUUUUUUAGUACCUGGCACUAAAUUGUUGACGGAAUCACUUGAAAAUUGAACUGAUGUGAAUUCUAAAUUGAUUUUUACACUUAUCUAUUAUGAAUAUUUGAUAUUGUAGAGGAUAUAAGAAAUGUUUUAGUAUGAAUAUAACUUAUAAGUGAGGAUUUUUCGUGAUAGAUUGAUUAUAUUGUCUUAGAUUUAGAAUAGAAAUUUGUAUCAUCAGUAUUUACUAGGAGUCAUAAUUGCUUUACAGAAAUAAUUAUGUGAAUUGCCAUGAAGUGAUAAUAGAAAAGUGGAACGUAAACAUUAGUGAUAUCAAAUUAACAGAUACUCAAUAAUAGAUUAUUAUUAUUUUUCUUUAAUUUAAGUUUAUUCAUAGUACUUGCAACCUACUCAAUCUAGAAAGAGGUUGGGAAAGGCCUCAUAUUUUGGCGUAUUAUUCACGAAUAUAUUGGGCAGCAAUUAUUCGCAUUAGGUGGUCAGAUACUUUUUUACAUUUUUCAUAUAAACAUUCAAUAGAUCUCAAUUUUAGUUCAUUCCGUCCAUUAUUUGCAGGAAUUAGAAACAUUGCCAAACUUGAUUUAUUUCUAUAACUGUUAUUUAUAGUUAGACGCGGACAUUUAUUUUAAUUCUCCUCACCUAAAAUCAUAGCAUGUGGACCCCAAAACAAUAAUGCAAAAUAAGUGAUAAGUUUUUUCAAAAAUUGCUGUCCAAAUUUUUUAUUGAAUAUUUUUGGGGAAUGGCCUAACAUUAUAUCAAUGUUCUGUCGCAUAUUUGGAUAAAUAAUGCACUGAUUUAUGAUAAAUAUAUAUAUUAUUUAAUUUGUGGUUUACUGUGAUCAGCUUCUCAAAAGGCAGACUAUUGGGAGUGUCACAUAUAAAAAUAUUUUACCAAUUCGACACUCCAAUUUUUUUCAUAUUGGUGUGCACUGGUUGUUGAAAUACUGUGGCCUUUAUUUAGUGUCGGAUUGGUAUCUGUAGAUUUGUGCAAUAUGAAUUGUAGAUUGUGCCAGGUUCUACAAUUUAUUUACCUCCUCAUCAGAUCUAUUUAAGUGAAACCCCUAUUUAUUGAUUACAAAUUAUGUUUUAUUUUAUUUGAAUGUCUCCACUUUUUAGAUGCAAUAAUUUUCCCCAAAAGAAGACGGAGCGUUGAGUUUAGAGCAGCCUGUAUUUGAUUAAGCCUUAUUACUUUAAGUAAUUUUUAAACUCAUGAAAGACAGCUAGUGGUAAUGAUAGGGUGAUAAAGUUAUUUCAGAAAAUAUUGUGUAUUUCUAUGUGAAUAUGUUAGAAUGUCCCAAGUUAUUUAUUGACUUAUUGCAAUAUUAUGACCAAAUAAUGAAUUUUUUAUCUUUAUAACUAUAUAAAAUCCUCAAUUAUUAUUUAUUUUUACAGUAGAGUUCAGUUGCAACAAAAUUUAUUUAUUUUCUAAAGUUGAGUUGAUUUAUGAGAUACGUGUUAGAAAAAACUGCUUAUGAAAUUCUUAUUUCAAUAAGAUAGUUUAUGAAAAGGGUAUUUAUGGGCAAGGAUAAUAAAAUAUUGAAAUAUCUAUAUAAGCUCAGAAUGGCCCUAUAAAGUAAUAUUUACAUAUGUUUUUGUUGUAUAGUAAAAAUAAAUGUAAGUUUUUCAAUACUAUUUAGUUUUAUUCAAAGACUGAGUCAUUAUGAUUGUUCUGCAGAUCACCUGCUUUACAACUUGGAGCAUUCUACAUUCUAUAAUGGUUUGUGUAAAUUGAAAUUUUUUAUCACCAAAUAUAUUUACAUAUUUUUGGGGAAUAUAAUUCCUAAAAGAUAUGUAGUGUUGGAGGACCCCCUCCUUCCCUUUCAAACCUAUCUAUAUCCAUCAGUAUUCCAUAUACCUAGUGAACUAAAAUAUUAUUUUGAAACAUAUGGGGCAAUUUGUACCUGUUUUAUUUGAACAAAUUUUGUAGGAAGUGUAAUUAUUACUUUUGCUCAGUUGUAUAUUUAUUAUGGGAUUCCUAAUUGUACAAUCAGUAAGGUUUCUCUUUUUCCAUAAUGCAUUGCAAGUUAUAAUUUGUAGAAAUAGGUGUAUAUAUUUAUUUUUGGGGAUUCAGAUUUAAAGGAAAAAAGAAAUCCAUUAAAAAAAAAUCUAUUGAUUAUUUUACUCAUAAAUUUUCAUCAUUUCCUUGAAGCUUCAAACUAUUUUUGAAACCCUUGGUUCCAUGAAGCAUAAAGAAUAUGUUCUGGAAAGAAUAUUUCUUAGUUAGAUAAAGGGUGAAGUUUGAGCAGAAAAUCCAUGAGUCGAUUUUGGUAGUGAUAAUUUUUAUCUUUGUGGCACCCUUUUCUGUGAUCUGCUAAAGCCUGUACAUAUUCAUUUGCAACUAAAAUUAUUUAAACAUUGUUUUAUUAUAUUUUGUUUUUAUACAAUUUCAUUUGAAUGGAUUUAUUAUGUUUAAAUUUAAAAGAAAACUGAUAGAAUUUAUAGAUAUAUUAUAGAAAUUGUUUUUAUCAUAUUAUAUGUAAUGGUCUAUUGCAUUUACUAGUAUCCAAUCAGAUCAUUUCUCGAAUAUUUGAACCAAUUUAAAAAUACCAUAGUAAGUUUUAAUAUUGUUUCUUAUAAAUUUAUUAUUAAUUUA